AUGAGUAAUUCAUCAUCAUCAUCUAAUGAUUUAACAUGGGCACAAAAUGAAAUUGAUGAUUUAUGGAAUUCUAUUAAUAGUUCACGAUCAGAUCCAUUUUCUUUUUGGGUAUUAUUUGCAAGUUUUAUAUUUGCUCUAUUAGGUUCAUUAAGUAAUCUAAUGUCUGUUAUUGUUUUAUUAAAAUUAAGUACACAUUUAUCAACAUUUGUCUAUUUAACUAGUUUAUCUAUAUCUGAUAUGAUAACUUGUAUAACAAUAAUGAUAGCUCAUAUACUUGAAUAUCUUCUUCAAACUCGACGAAGUACAUCAAUAGCAAUAUUUCUUCGUCAAAUUGAAAUUCUAUGUGGAGCAUUGGCUGCUGGCAGCCGUGUUUUAUCAUUUUGGAUCUCAACAGCCGUUACAAUGGAUCGAUGGUUAUUAAUUUGUUAUCCAUUAUAUGGUAAAACAUUUUGUACAUUAAAUCGAGCAAGAAUUGUAUCAAGAACAUUAUUUAUAAUAGCAUUUAUUUAUUCAGUUCCACUUUUUUUUGAAUAUGAAAUUGUACGAAUACCAAGUGUUUAUCAAAUGAUUCAUAUUGAUAAUGAAUCCAUAACACUUAUGGAUGAUAAACUCACUAAACAUAGUAUGUUUAUUACAAAAGGUUAUACCGAUUUAGCUAAAAGAAGAUUAUAUCGUUGGUCUUAUAUGUUUUUUAAUGCUUUAUUUGUUUAUACAUUACCAGUAUUAACUAUAGUCUUUUUUAAUUUUCAAUUAAUACGUGCUUUACAUCGUCUCAAAUCUCGUGCAAAACGUUUAAGACAAAAAAAUUCUACAAAAAAUUCAGAAAAAACAUCUCAGCAUCGUCAUCAUCAUCGUCGUCUAUUUCAUCGUUCAAAAUAUUCUGUAACAGUCAUGGUUAUUGCAAUGGUUUUAACAUUACUUUUAUGUCGAAGUCCAACAAUUGUUCUUUGGGUUUUAUGGUCAUUUGAAUUAACAAUAAAAAUCUUUUUUGAUUCAUCAUCAAAUUCACUUGUUGUAAGACGUUUUCAUAAUUUAGCAAAUUUAAUUGCGAUUAUUAAUGCAGCAACGAAUUUUAUUCCAUUUUGUGUUUUUGGACAAUUAUUUCGUGAUGAAUGUUUAACGAUUUAUUGUUGUCGAAAACCAACAAGUGAACAAUUAGCAAGACAAGCGAAACAAAAAUAUCAAGAACGAUAUUUACAUUUAAAAAGAAAUUCAAGAACAAGAUUAGUUAAUCAUGAAAUACAAACAACUCAAUCGACAAAAGAUUAUUUACGUACAGUUCCAUCAUUUAAUUCUGAUUCAACUACAGGAAUGACACCAUCAUCAAAUGAUCAAAAUAUGACAACAAAUAUUUUAAGAUUAUCAGAUCCACCUGUAAGUUUAGAUGGAAAUUUACAACAAGUAAGAUUAUCAUUAAAUGCAACACUUCAAUUUAAUGAAACAAGUGCCCUUUAA